ACUCCAACCUUCUACCGUGUGAGCCCUGCCCGCGGGCCCCUUUCAGGGGGCACGUGGAUUGGCAUCGAAGGCAGCCAUCUGAACGCAGGCAGCGACGUGGCGGUGUCUGUUGGCGGCCGGCCCUGCUCCUUCUCCUGGAGGAACUCCCGGGAGAUCCGGUGCCUGACGCCGCCCGGGCAGAGCCCCGGCAGUGCCUCUAUCGUCAUCAGCAUCAACCGCGCUCAGCUCACCAACCCCGAGGUCAAGUACAACUACACCGAGGACCCCACCAUCCUGAGGAUUGACCCCGAGUGGAGCAUCAACAGUGGAGGGACGCUCCUGACAGUCACAGGCACCAACCUGGCCACUGUCCGCGAACCUCGCAUCCGGGCCAAGUACGGAGGCGUCGAGAGAGAGAACAGCUGCCUGGUGUACAACGACACCACCAUGGUGUGCCGGGCCCCGUCAGUGGACAACCCCUCCCGCAGCCCGCCCGAGCUGGGGGAGCGGCCGGACGAGCUCGGCUUUGUCAUGGACGACGUGCGGGCCCUGCUUGUGCUCAACGCCUCCUCCUUCCUCUACUACCCGGACCCCGUGCUGGAGCCGCUCAGCCCCACUGGCCUGCUGGAGCUGAAGCCCAGCUCCCCCCUCAUCCUCAAGGGCCGCAACCUCCUGCCGCCAGCACCCGGCAACUCUCGGCUCAACUACACGGUGCUCAUUGGCUCCACGCCCUGCGCCCUCACCGUGUCGGAGACGCAGCUGCUCUGCGAGUCGCCCAACCUCACCGGGCAGCACAAGGUCACGGUUCGGGCCGGCGGCUUUGAGUUCUCACCGGGGGUGCUGCAGGUGUACUCGGACAGCCUGCUGACGCUGCCUGCUAUCGUGGGCAUCGGUGGGGGCGGGGGCCUCCUGCUGCUGGUCAUCGUGGCUGUGCUCAUCGCCUACAAGCGCAAGUCCCGGGACGCUGACCGCACCCUCAAGCGCCUGCAGCUCCAGAUGGACAACCUGGAGUCCCGCGUGGCCCUCGAGUGCAAGGAAGCCUUUGCAGAGCUGCAGACAGACAUCCACGAGCUGACCAAUGACCUGGAUGGCGCUGGCAUUCCAUUCCUGGACUACCGGACGUAUGCCAUGCGGGUGCUCUUCCCUGGGAUCGAGGACCAUCCGGUGCUCAAGGAGAUGGAGGUGCAGGCCAAUGUGGAGAAGUCGCUGACACUGUUCGGGCAGCUGCUGACCAAGAAGCACUUCCUGCUGACUUUCAUCCGCACACUGGAGGCCCAGCGCAGCUUCUCCAUGCGCGACCGCGGGAACGUGGCCUCCCUCAUCAUGACGGCCCUGCAGGGCGAGAUGGAGUACGCCACGGGCGUGCUCAAGCAGCUGCUGUCUGACCUCAUCGACAAGAACCUGGAGAGCAAGAACCACCCGAAGCUGCUGCUGCGGCGGACUGAGUCAGUGGCGGAGAAGAUGCUGACCAACUGGUUCACCUUCCUUCUGUACAAAUUCCUCAAGGUGGGCGCCGAGGAGGAAGGACCUGGGAGGGAGGGAAGCCAGAGGUGACGGGCUGUGACAUCACACAGAGGGGCUCAGAGGGGUGGGGACCCUGGUGUGACACCCGCCAGGCUGUGUGUCUGUCCCCCCUCCCCCCUCGGGAGGCGUCCAGGCCUCAGCUGCCGGGGCAGGGGGGGUGGCCCAGCUCUGCAGCCGGCACGUGGCUGAACUGGAGUGUGGACCCAGGCCCCCGGGUGGUCUGUGCU